AAACUAAGUGUGCGCAAUAAAAGAGCAGCAAGAAGGAAAGGGGACGCAGUGCGCAGAUCUGGCGCAUAUGGGACUUAUCGCAACGAAAACACGGCACACUUGCGCUGCAAGGACCAACAGCCCACUUCACUGAUGAGGUCCAAAGCAGCUGUCAGAGAGGAGUGACCUCACCAAAGGCGCACAGCACGCCUGCAGAAGCACAGGCCCCCUGUUCCCUGCAGGAUCUCGUCCUGUUGUCCACAUUUUCUGCCUGAGUUUGUCCCUGGGAUCAUUCAAAACUGUUUCUCCAACGCUUCUACCAAAAACUUAGACUGUUUUCCAAAGCAGAAUCGGCCCAGCCCUCCCAGGUGGAAGUAAUGGGGAGUGUGCGAAGCCACCGUUACAGCAUCGUGUCCUCUGAGGAAGACGGCAUGAAGCUGGCCGCUAUUGCCGUCCCGAAUGGCUACGGAAACGGCAACGUGAACAAGGUGCACACAGAGCACCAGCAUCAGAGCCGCUUCGUCAGGAAGGACGGCCACUGCAAUGUGCAGUUUAUCAAUAUGAGUGAGAAAGGCCAGCGGUACCUGGCAGAUAUCUUCACCACCUGCGUGGACAUCCGCUGGCGCUGGAUGCUGCUCAUAUUCUGCCUUUCUUUCCUGCUGUCGUGGUUGUUUUUUGGCUUAGUCUUCUGGGUAGUGGCCCUCUCUUACGGGGACUUAGAGAAUGAGACUCAGAUGUGUGUUUCCAAUGUGGACAGCUUCACCGCUGCCUUCUUGUUCUCAGUGGAGACCCAAACCACCAUUGGCUAUGGUUAUCGCUAUGUGACAGAGGAGUGCCCCGUUGCCGUCUUCAUGGUUGUCUUCCAAAGCAUUGUGGGCUGCAUAAUCGAUGCUUUCAUCAUCGGGGCUGUCAUGGCCAAGAUGGCCAAGCCCAAAAAGAGGAAUGAGACCCUGGUGUUCAGCCACUAUGCUACAGUGGCCAUGAGGGACGGUAAACUUUGCCUGAUGUGGCGUGUGGGGAACCUGAGGAAGAGCCACCUGGUGGAGGCUCACGUCAGGGCCCAGCUGCUCAAGUCCCGCACCACCGCCGAGGGCGAGUUCAUCCCUCUGGAUCAGGUAGACAUUGACGUAGGCUUCGAUAGCGGCAUUGACAGAAUCUUCCUGGUGUCUCCAAUCACCAUUGUGCACGAGAUCGAUGAGGACAGCCCGUUCUACGAGAUGAGCAAACAGGAGCUGGAGACGUCAGAAUUUGAGAUCGUAGUGAUCCUGGAGGGCAUGGUGGAGGCCACAGCCAUGACCACUCAGUGUCGGAGCUCGUACGUGGCCAGCGAGAUCCUCUGGGGCCACCGCUUCGAGCCGGUGCUCUUUGAGGAAAAGAACUACUACAAAGUGGACUACUCUCGCUUUGACAACACGUACGAGGUGCCCAGCACGCCCGACUGUAGUGCCAGAGAACUCGCCGAGAAGAAGUCCAACGCCACCAGCUCGAGGAACUCCUUUUGUUACGAGAACGAGGUGGCUCUCGAAAAAGUCGAGAUGGAGGAGGAGUUUGAGGAAGAGGAAAACAGGGAGAUGAGGGGUGUUGAGGUCGGUGCACUUGAGGAUAUAAACGCAGAUGUUGUGUCAGACUCUGAAUGCAAUCUGGACUCUUUGCCUUUAGAAUCAAGGCCUUUGACAGCAGAAUCAGAAAUAUGA